AUGGCCGGCGUGCACGCGUCUCUGGACUGGGGCGCGGUCGCGGGGAUCGACCCUGCGAGCGUCCUGACGUUUGACAAGAAACCCCUGGAGGACGUCAUCGGCAUGCUCGUUUGGACAGAAGAAUGGGAGGUGGAGGAUAAAGCUCCAGAGAACAUUAUUCACGUCCUCAGAUUGUUUCAGACCCUGCUGAAGUUCAAAGACAGAGAAGCUAGUCUUAGCGAACAGUUUCUUGAAGAAGCUGGUGAAAACCAUGCUAAAACUGAACAGGAACUCCUCGCCAAGGUGUCGAGGCUGGAACAAGAGCUCAAGACGACUCAGCAGUCCGGCAAAGGGCCAGACACCCGUUUUCUGAGGGAUGAGAUUCGGCAGCUCGAGACCCAGCUGGAGCAGAGGGAGAAGGAGUUGACCCAGUUAAAGAAAGAAAUGGGCAAGGGAAAGAAAACCAACGAGGAGUUGGUUGUCCGAGCAGAGGAGGCUGAGGUUGAGGCCAAGAAGCUGAAAAGAGAGAAUGAGCAGCUCCAGCAGGAUGUGGACUUCUACCGCGGAGAGCUGGACCAGAAGGAGCCGCUCCAAUCCAGAGACGAGAACGCUGAGACCCAGAGGAAGCUCAACUCGGCCAACCGACAGCUCUACCAGUGCUUGGAGGACCUUCAGCGUGCCGAGGAUGAAAACGCACACCUGAAGACACAGAACGAGCAGAUGCAGAAAAGUCUGGAGGAGUCGGUGAGGGAGAUGGAGAAGAUGACAGACGAGUACAACAAGAUGAAGAUCGUUGUACAGCAGACGGACUCCAUCAUGGACCAGCUCAGGAAAGAGAGGGAUCACGCAAAGCUACAAGUCAGAGAGCUAACGGAUAAAUUUCACAACAUGACUGAAGAGGAUGACACUAUUAUGGCAGCGGUCAAUACCAAAGUGGAGGAGUGGAAGAGAGCGCUCUCUGGGAAGGACGAUGAAAUUCUGGUGUACCAGCAGAUGAUCCGCGACCAGAGGGAGAAGCUGCGUUCAGCCCAGUUGGACUUGGACAAAAGCAACAUCAUUGCCUUGCAGCAGGCCGUCCAAGAGAGAGACAAUCAAAUCAAGAUACUGAGUGAGCAGGUGGAGCAGUAUACGGGGGAAAUGGAGAAGCACACCCUGCUCAUCGAGGAGCUCAAGACGUCCACAAAGAAAGACAGAGGCCUUCCAUUGUCCGUACAGCAGAGAAAGAUGGAGGAGCUGAAGUCCAAGCUGGAAGCUGCAGAGACGAGAGCAGAGGAAGCAGCGCGGCUGGUAAAGCUUGCAGAAGCUCAUGCUGAAGAAAAAGACAAAGCCCUCAUUGAGGCCUCAAACCGCUUGAGCCAGUAUGAAUCCGGCACUUAUGGCCUGGAAGCAGCCAUUGCAGAGAUCAAAGAGUGUAAAAAUCAAAUUAAAGUGAGAGAUCUUGAGGCAGAGGCCUUGACCAAAGAUAUCAACCAGCUUGAGAUGAGAAUCAAUGACCUCAUGGACGAAAACGAGGAUUUCCGGGAAAAACUAGGUCUGGAACCAAAGCAGGAAGUGGAUCUCACACACUUCAGGCGAGCAAAAGAUGUCAGACAACGGCAGUACAAAGCAGAAAACCAAGUCCUCACCAAAGAGAUUGAACGACUUGAAGAAGAGAGACUGGAGCUGAAGAAACAAGUCAGACGCAUGGUGAAGGAAAGAGGGAUCCCACAGUCAAGCUUGCUGCUGGAGGAGGACGUCAGGCCCGGCCGGACUGUACAGCUGCCACUGAAGCAGAACAGCACUUACACCGAUGAAGAGCUCCGACGCAAAAACGAGUACCUAGAAAAAGAACUGAGCAAUAAGGAGAGAGAGCUGGACCUUCACAAGACCCAGUUCCACAUCAAAUUGGAAGAACUUUCAAAAGUGAAGAGAGACCUGGAGGGUGCUCUGAAAGAUGUCCUCCAAGCCAUGAGGAUAAAUCAAGACACAACUCCAUCUGCCAUCAAUAUACCCAGUCUGGAAAGGUUGGCUAAUGCUAUAGAUGCUAGCAGCAUGAGCGGGCAGCCUGAGUCAGCCCCGCACCUCAAGUCCCAAAUACAUCAGCUGGUGGGGAGAAACGAAGAACUACGGCAGGAGCUGAAAUUGUCUCGGGAGGAAGCAACCAUUAGUUUCAGUCAGCUUGCCAGAGCCAAAGAAAAGGUGAACCAACUGGAAGGUGAAUUGGAGCUGUUAAGGAGGACAGGCAACCGGGGAGUUGUGAUCCGACCUCUGACCCUCCCAGAGGGUCUGGGGCCCAGCAGCACUGAGGUCAUCAGUUCUCUGAAUGAGUAUGCCGUUCGUCUUCUUCAGGAGCUCAAAAACAAGGAGGAAAAAAGUAAGAAACUCUCAGCAACACUGGAGGAAUACAAGGAGAAGUUCUCUGUCAUUACCCACCAACAGGGACUCCUCUAUAAAGAAUACCUAAGUGAGAAGGCGGAGUGGCAAAAGGAGAAAGACACGUUUACAGAGUUGAAGAACAAACUGGAGGAGCAAAAGCAGGUGGACGCUGUAAAAAUCCAAGAAUUCAGCGAGCUGCUGGACACCCUUCAGAAGGACCCAGAGGAAGUCAGGAGAUCGUUGAGCGAAGCGUUGCGCAAACUGACGGUGCUGAAGGUCAAUGAGACGAAACUGUCACGGCGCUACAUCACCCUGCUGGAGCAAGAACAGCACCUCCGCAAGGAGAACGGCAAGCUGAGGGACGAGAGCAGCCACAUGCAGGCCUCUGUCACCCAGAGGAUCGGCUACCUGCAGAGAUACAAGGAAAUGGCUGCGUAUAAGAUAUCAGCGCUGCAGAAGGCCUUGGAUGACAGUGUGCCCUCAUCAGACCUGGAGAGGGCCAACAAACAGUACACGGAGCUAACAGUCAAAUACAGAGACAUGCUUCAGAGGGACAGCCGCCUGAUGCAGAGAACCACCAACCUCGAACAUCUGGAGAGUGAGAAUGAGUCUUUUCGGGAGCAAAUCUCAGCCAUGAAUAAAGAACUGGAGAUCACGAAGGAGAAACUGAAUACUUUAGAGCAAGCUUGGAACAACAUCAGUGCAAUUGGAGGUGAGAAUAACAUGGAUAAGGCGGAUAAGGCGUUGGCCAACAAAGAGAUGGUAUCUGCCGCCAGACGCAUCACCACUCUAGAGAUGAAGGAGCUGAAUGAGAGGCAGAGAGCUGAGCAUGCCAACAGAAUGUAUGAGCACACGAGGAACUCCCUCAGGCAGGUGGAAGAACGCAACAUGGAGCUGGAGUCCAAGUUUGCAGAGUUGACCAAGAUGAAUGUAGAGGCCCAGCGGGUGGAGCGAGAGCUGAGAGAUGAGCUGGCAGACAGCAUCAACAAAGCGGUGAGCGACGCCGACAGAUCCAGGAUCGCAGAGCUGGAGAAGGCCGAGGCUGACACCCGCGUUGAGGUUUCUAAGCUUCAAGAGGUGUCUGAUGUGGCCAUGAUGCAGGCGUCUGCUCUACAGGCCAGACAACAGUCCAAAGAGAAGGAGGUGGAAGCUUUGAGGAGACAAAUACUGGACUACCAGUCACAGUCAGAUGAGAAGGCGCUCAUUGCGAAGCUCCACCAGCACAUCGUGGCUCUGCAGCUCAGUGAGUCGGCUUCCUCGGCCAAGCUGGAGACGGCCACCUCUCACAUCCAGAAGCUGGAGGCCUACAAGCUGCGUGCUGAACAGCGGCUGGAUGCCAGCGAGCGCACUCUGUUCCUCGCCCGCCAGGAGGGCAGUAAUCGCUCCAAGCACCUACGGCAGACCAUCCAGUCGCUGCGUAGGCAAUUUGCCGGAGCUCUGCCGCUUCAACAACAGGAAAAGUUCUCUGUGGCCAUGGUGAGCCUCCAGGAGGACAGACAGAAAGCCCAGGAGGAGAAGAGGAAGGCUGAGGAGGAGAGAAGGAGGGCAGAGGGCAGGGCAGAAGAGCUGGAACUGAGACUUCGAGGCCUGCAGGAGCUCAUCUCCACACUGAAGGAUGUGAAAGGGGCCCAGAAGGUGACGGAGUGGCACAAGAAGAUGGAAGAAGCUCGUCUGCAGGAGCUGAGGAAAGGCAGGGAGCUGGUGGUCCAGAAGGAGGAGAUCAGGUACCUGAAGAACCUGGUGGAGGAGCAGGAGCGGACCGUCCGCUCGCUGGAAGAGGAUACCGUGCAGCAAAACACGCUUCAAGAAGAACGCCAGCUUGCAUAUGAUCAGCGAGAAGUGGAGCUGGAGCGCCAACUGGACCAGUACGAGAAGCACCAGAAUGAAGUUCUAAGCGGUUCGGAAAAGUAUGAGGAUGGUGCAGGAUCCCUACCAGACCCGAGUCUACCUCUCGCCCAUCAGUUAGAGUUUGCUUUGGGUAAAAUCAGAGAACAUGUCCGCACCAUCUUGGUCACACAGGCCACCUGCAAAAAUUUGGAUGAGAAGCUGAAAGAGAAAGAAGCAGCUAUGUGGAAGACAGAACAGAACAUUGUGUCCAGGGAUAAAGUGAUCAAUGAGCUGCGUCUGCGGCUCCCAGCUGCGGCCAGCAGAGAACGCCUGCUGGCUGACCUCGCUAAGCAUGAAGAGGGCCAGUCAGAUAAUCAACCCGCCAUCAAGCUGGCUCACCAGACCAUCAGAGACCUUCAGGGUCGACUUGACAAAAAAGAGGACGUGCUAAAGAAAUACCACAACCAGUUGGCUCAAGCCAGACAGGAUCAGGAGGAGAUGAUAAAGAGACACCAGGAGGAGCUGAGAUUGUUGCAUCAGAAGUUGGACUUGCAUGCGGACACCUCCCUGGACCGCUUCAAACAGACAGCCAUGGAAUUGAUGAAGAAGCCCACCAUCAGGGUGCCAACCACCAAGCAUCUGGAGCGUUUGGCUGAGUUGGAGCAGACGGUCGCUGAGCAGGACUUCUCGCUCUCCUCCAUCACAGAGAAACUGAAGCUGGCCACUGCCGAGCUGGAGCGACAGAGGACCGCCAUGGAAACAAUGGCUAAGAAACACGCUGACCAGAUGUCAAAGCUGGAGGAGUAUCAUGCAGCCCAGGUGAAAUCUCUGACUGGUGAGACCGAGGAUCAGACGAACCACUUGGUCCAGAUGGAGAAGGAGAUGAACUACCUCCAAACGGAGCUGGCAGCCCAGAAGGAGUCCAACAUCCGCUCCCCCAGCAACACCAUGAAAAACCUGGUGGAACGGCUGAAAGCACAGCUCACCCAGAAAGAGAAGCAGCUCAAGGCUCUCAGUAAGGCUCUGUUGGAGCUGCGGGCCGAGAUGACGUCCGCUGCCGAGCACCAAGUCAUAGCCAGCGCUGCACAGAAAGAGGAGAGCCUCAAUGUCCAGAUUUUAAUUGACAGACACACCAAAGAGCUAAAGGUGCGAGUGCAAGAACUUAAUGAGGAGCUCCAAGCUGCAAAGGACUUUUCCAAAGCCGCCAGAGGCCGGGAGAACAUCCUGAAAGAGGAAGUGGACGGCCUGAACCAGGACCUCCAGAGGAGUCUGAAAAACCAGAGACGCCUGCAGGCUGAAAAGGAGGAGAGAGAGCAGGAAACCCAGGAGCUCAAGCAGCAAGUCAAGAGGCUCAGCAGCGCCCUUCAGAAUCAACCAGAACCAGAUGGGAAGGGGUCAACCAUCGAGAAUCUGCAGAAGAAGAUCAGGCAUCUCGAGUCUGACUUGGAGAAAAGAGGAGAAAUGAGAAAUGUCAAGGAUGAUCCUGAAAAGACCAAGGGCGAAAUUGUGCGUUGGGAGGAGGGUAAGAAAUGGCAGGCCAAGAUGGAAAAGGUGAGGAAUACACUGAGGGAGAAGGAGCGAGAGAAUGAAUCCCUGUCCAAACAGCUCAGCACUCUUAAAGACCUCUACGCAAGACUGGAACAAGAGAAGAGUGCACUGCAGAGAAAGCUGAAGGGUCGAGGUGUGACUGCCGAUCAGGUGGUGGGAGUGCGAUCCACCGAAAUAGAGAAAGAGAUGGAAGAGCUGAAGAAGAAGAACUCGGACCUGGAGACACAGAUCCUCACCAUAAAACAGCACCAGGCUUUACCUCGGGAUGACGCCAUGGAGACUCUGACCCUGAGGAACCGCUACCUGGAAGAGAGACUCCACUCCGCAGAGAGCCAGAUACCCAAAGAGCCGCCGUCAAGACCCUCUACAUCGGGGCGAGGCACUGGCACUCCCUCACAGAGAGAUCAGGACCUCCAAAAAGAAAACCUCAAGCUGGCCUCUGAGAACCUGGAGCUGCGCUUUCAGCUGGAGCAGACCAACAAAGACUUACCAAGACUCAAGAAUCAGGUUGCAGACCUUAAGGAGAUGUGCAACGCGCUGAAAAAGGAAAAAGCAGAGGUGGAGAAGAAGCUGACACAUAUACGUGGAGCCGGUCACAGCGGUAAAACCGUACCUGAACUCGAGAAGACCAUCGGGUUGAUGAAGAAGGUGGUGGAGAGGGUGCAGAGGGAAAAUGAGACGCUAAAGAAAUCCAGCGCACCUGCACAUCAAGAGAAGGUCACUGCCUUGGAGCAGGAAAAUGAAAAACUAAAGAGUGACUGUGAGAAACUGAAGAGUCGAAGUGAAGCUGAGCUGAAUUCCAAACUUGAAUCUAAAACCAAAGGACUGGAGAAAAUAGUAAUGGAGAACGAACGUCUACGCAAGGAGAUCAAAAGGGAAAUGGAAGCUGCACAAAGGCUGAGAGAGACCAAGGUGAGUCUGGAAGUGACGAACGAGAAGCUUGAGGCAGAGCUGGAAGAAACCAAGCAAAGACUGCAGGCAGCUCUAUCCAAACCCAUCACCGAAGGACUGAACAGUAAGACCUGGAAGGCAUCUGUGAUUACAAGAAUGUUUGAGAACAAGAUGAAGGAGCUGGAGAAGGAGCUCUCCGAGAAGACCUCCAGUCUGUCUGAACUCAAACAACAGCUGAAGAAGAUGAAAGAGUGCGAGGAGAGAGCUCAGAUAAGCAUCCGACAACUUGAAGACCAGGUUGACAUGUUGAAGAGUUUUCCUGUCACUGCAAAGACGGGAGGAGGACUCACCAAGGAGUUCCAGACAAUGAGGUCGGUCAACACUGAUCUGGAGAAGGAGAACACAGAACUGAAACAAAGGCUGAACCAGUACAGUGAGCGAUACGGGGAAUCAUCUUCCAAACUAGACCACGUGAAGCUCAAACGCAUUCUGCUGGCAGCCGAAGCGGAGAAAACAAAACUUCAGACGGAGGUUAAAAAGCUGAAGAAGGAACUGGAGAACUUUGACCCCACGUUUUUUGAAGAGAUUGAAGACUUAAAAUACAAUUACAAUGUAGAGGUCAAGAAGAACAUUCUGCUGGAGGAGCAGCUGAAGAAGGUCUGUGAUCAGUUCGGAGUAAAACCUGAACUGCCCAACGUGUCCGUCAGUUAAC